UCCAUGCGCGGUAACGGUGUGUGUGUGGUGAGUGCCGUCGCCUUACCUCUCCAUCGUGUCGGCUCGUUACACUAGUGGAGGGAGGGCCCCGCUGGCUGGCUCAGGCUGACGGGCGCGGAUGACGGUCCCGAGGAGGGGAGGGUACGGGAGGCGGGACCACGAGGCGCUUCUCCGCUUCUCGGUGCGGGCGCGGGCGAGCGUGGGACUAGCUGGGCUGGCGAGAUCGCGGGGGAGCAGCAGCAGCAGCAGCGUCACCACCACUCCAGCAGUAGCAGGGAGCGCCGCUUGGCCGUACACUGCGCCGCCGUGCACACGUCGGGACUGCACACCAUUCCAGAAAAAUACCCCUGCUUCUUAUGGCAUGUGGCUGGUAACUGUAUUCCUGCUGUAUUCUUUUCAAGAAGUCCACAGCGAGGAUGUUAUCUCGACGCGGCUGUACUUUGUGAACGCCUCCCUGCAGCGCGUGACGUUCUCCAGCUCGGUGGGGGUGUCCCUGCCGUGCCCAGCAGGUGGCGCCCCCCGCGCGCUGCUCCGCUGGUACCUGGCCACUGGCGACGACAUCUACGACGUGCCGCACAUACGCCACGUGCACGCCAACGGCACACUGCAGCUCUACCCCUUCUCCCCGUCCGCGUUCAACUCCUUCAUACACGACAACGACUACUUCUGCACCGCCGAGAACCCGGCCGGCAAGAUACGCAGCCCCAGCAUACGGGUUAAAGCAGUGUUCAGGGAGCCCUACACGGUGCGCGUGGCGGACCAGCGGGCGAUGCGAGGCAACGUGGCCGUCUUCAAGUGCCUCAUCCCGUCCGCCGUGCAGGAGUACGUCAGCGUGGUGUCCUGGGAGAAAGACACCGUCUCCAUCGCACCAGGUAAUCGUUUUUUCCUGACGUCGUACGGUGCGCUGUACAUAUCGGAGGUGCAGAAGGAGGAUGCGCUGUCCACCUACCGCUGCAUCACCAAGCACAAGUACAGCGGGGAGACCCGCCAGAGCAAUGGGGCACGCCUCUCAGUGAUGGACCCCACGGAGUCGCCCCCCUCGGUGCUGGAUAGCUUCCAGGCGGGGGAGGUGCAGGUGGGCCGCAGCGUGGAGCUCCCGUGCGCCGCCUCGGGCUACCCCAACCCCACCAUCCGCUGGCUGAAGGACGGCCGGCCGGUGCCGAGCGACUCGCGCUGGUCGCGCCACCUCACCGGCCUGACCGUCAGCGACCUGCGGCUGGAGGACAGCGGCAACUACAUCUGCGAGGUCACCAACAGCUUCGGCUCCAAGGAGGUCACCGGACACCUCAACGUCAUCGAGCCACUGCGCGUGACGCUGUCCCCUAAGAACCUGAAGACGGGCAUCAGCAGCACGGUGAUCCUGUCGUGUGCCGUGCAGGGCUCCCCGCACUACACCGUGUCCUGGUUCCGCAACACGGAGCCGGUGCUAGCCGACCAGCACUUCUCCAUCCAGGGGGCCCACAACGAGACGCUCUUCAUCACCGCCGCGCAGAAGAGGCACUCGGGGGCCUACCAGUGUUUCGCCACGCGCAAGGGACAGACCGCACAGGACUUCUCAAUCAUACUGCUGGAAGGUCCUCCGAGUAUCCGUGCCAUGCGCAACAUCACGGCGGUGGCGGGCCGCAACACCUUUAUAAACUGCCGCGUGAUUGGCUACCCGUACUACUCCAUCAAGUGGUACAAGGACAGCAUGCAGCUGCCGGACAACCACCGGCAGAUCGUCUACGAGAACGGCACGCUCAAGCUCAGCGACGUGCAGAAGGGCAUGGACGAGGGAGCCUACCUCUGCAGCGUCCUCAUCUCGCCACAGGUCUUCAUCACGCAGACCGUCUACGUCACCGUCAAAGUCCCUCCCCUGAUCCAGCCGUUCGACUUCCCGCCGACCUCCAUCGGUAAGCUGAUGUACGUGGCGUGCGUGGUGUCCUCGGGCGACAUGCCCAUCCGCUUCACCUGGCGCAAGGACGGCCAGGACAUCAUCCCCGGCGGCAACUCCGGCGUCACCAUAGAGACCAAGGAGUUCAUGAGCUCGCUGCAGAUCUCCAAGGUGUCGCUCAAGCACAACGGCAACUACACCUGCAUCGCCAGCAACGACGCCGCCACCGUCAGCACCGAGAGGCAGCUCAUCGUCACGGUUCCUCCCCGCUUCGAGGUGCAGCCCAACAACCAGGACGGGAUCUACGGCAAGUCUGGGAUCCUCAACUGCUCCGUGGACGGCUACCCGCCUCCCAAAGUCAUGUGGAAACACGCUAAAGGGAACCCUCAGCAGUACCACCCGGUUCCGCUGACGGGUCGUAUCCAGCUGAUGUCCAACGGGUCGCUGCUGAUCCGGCACGUUCUAGAGGAGGACCGCGGCUACUAUCUGUGCCAGGCCAGCAACGGAGUCGGGUCCGACAUCAGCAAGAGCAUGAUGCUUACUGUCAAAAUUCCGGCGAUGAUCACAUCUCACCCCAACACCACGAUGGCCAUUAAGGGCCAGAAUAAGGAACUGAACUGCACGGCGAGGGGGGAGUGGCCUAUUAUCAUCCGCUGGGAGCGCGGCGACACCGUCAUCGACCCGGGACACUACACGCGCUACUCCAUCACCACAAGUCCCAACGAGAAGAGCGACGAGGUGGUCUCCACACUCAAGCUGAUGCCAGCGGACCGUGGGGACUCUGUCUUCUUCUCCUGCCACGCCAUCAACUCCUAUGGAGAGGGACGAGGACUCAUACAGCUCACCGUGCAAGAGCCCCCUGACCCCCCUGAGUUGGAGGUGAGGGAGGUAAAGGAUCGCAGUAUGAAUCUGCGCUGGACUCAGCGCUUCGACGGCAACAGCAUCAUCACCAGCUACGACAUCGAGUACAAGAACAAGUCUGACCCGUGGGAGCUGAAGCACUCGACGCGUAAGAUCUCCCCUACCAAUAACCAGGCCAACAUCGUGGAGCUGCACCCGGCUAGCGUCUACAGCAUCCGCAUGUACUCCUACAACAAGAUCGGACGCAGCCAGGCCAGCAAGGAGCUCACCAUCAGCACAGAGGAAGCUCAGCCUGACGGUCCUCCAAUGGAAGUCAAUCUGCAGCCGAUGACAUCACAAAGCAUUCGGGUCACAUGGAAGUUUAAGGUUGGGGUGUGUUUCAGUUGGGUGCGCGACGGUGCGGCUCCCAAGAAAGGUGACUCCAGAUCGGGUGAUCCGCGGGCUGCUCCAGAUGGGGCUACCGUCGGAGAACCCCGGAGGCGGGGCAUGUCGCCGGGCACAGUAAGGGGGCAGGUAACGGGACAAGCACCAUACACCGGGCCCUCCAGCUCCGAGAUCAACUGCACUACGCUGGAGGACGUGCCCAGCCAGCCACCUCAGAACGUGCGCGCCAUCACGGUGACGUCGGACGAGGCGGUGAUCACGUGGGCGGAGCCUCCGCGCCUGACGCUGAACGGCGUGCUGAAGGGCUACCGCGUGGUGUACUGGUCGCUCUACCCCGACGGAGAAUGGGGUGAGAUGCAGAACAUUACGACUACGCGUGAGCAGGUGGACCUGAAGGGUCUGGAGAAGUUCACCAACUACAGCAUCCAGGUGCUGGCCUACACGCAGGCGGGGGACGGGGUGCGCAGCAACGUGCUCUACAUACAGACGCGCGAGGACCACCCGGGUCCUCCGGCUGGCAUUAAGGCUGUGCCCGCCUCCUCCACCAGUGUGGUAGUGUCCUGGCUCCCCCCGAACAAACCCAAUGGUAUCAUCCGCAAAUACACCAUCUACUGCUCCAGCCCCGGAUCAGGCCAACCACGCUUCCCAGCCCACCUGCCUUCCGAGAUGUGGCGAGAGAGGGAAAAAGCCCCGAGUGAGUACGAGGCGAGUCCGGAGGUUCUGUUCUACCGGAUCACGCACCUGAACCGCGGGCAGCAGUACCUGAUCUGGGCCGCAGCCGUCACCACCGCGGGGCGAGGGAACAUCAGCGACAAGGUCACCGUGGAGCCUGCGGGGAAGGCGCCUGCCAAGAUUCUGUCGUUCGGCGGCACGGUGACCACGCCCUGGAUGAAGGAGGUCCGCCUCCCCUGCAGCUCCGUCGGGGAACCCACGCCUACCAUCAAGUGGACCAAAGACAGUGAGGACUCGGCCAUCCCGGUGUCCCAGGACGGCCAUCGCCUCAUCAUGGCCAAUGGGACGCUGGUGCUGCGCUCGGUCAAAGCAGAGGAUUCUGGGUACUACACCUGCACGGCCACCAACACGCUCGGCUUCGACACCAUCCUCAUUAACCUGGUGGUGCAAGUGCCCCCUGACCAGCCGCGUCUGACGGUGUCCACCACCUCCACCUCCUCCAUUACCCUGGCCUGGAUCCCUGGAGACAACGGAGGGAGCUCCAUCAGAGGCUUCGUGCUGCAGUACUCGGUGGACAACACGGAGGAGUGGCGCGACGUCUUCAUCAGCUCCAGCGAGCGCUCCUUCAAGCUGGACAACCUGCGCUGCGGCACCUGGUACAAGGUCAAGCUGGCCGCCAAGAACAGCGUCGGGGCCGGACGCAUCAGCGAGAUCAUCGAGGCCAAGACACACGGCAGGGAGCCCCAGUUCAACAAAGACCAGCCGCUGGUGACGCACAUCAACGGGACGCACGCGCGCCUGAACCUGCAGGGCUGGACCAGUGGCGGCUGCCCCAUCAACGCCGUGCUGCUGGACUUCCGGCCCAAGGGCACCUGGACCUGGCAGAGCGUGCGCACCAACGCCUCGGCGGACAUCUUCCUGGCCGAGCUGCGCGAGGCCACCUGGUACGAGCUGAAGAUGAAGGCCUGCAACAGCGCCGGCUGCGGAAACCAGACCUCGCAGUUCGCCACGCUCGACUACGACGGCAGCACUAUUCCGCCCAUCAAGUCGCUGCGUGGCGGGGGUGACGACGUGAAGAAGCUCUUCUCCAUCGGGUGCCCCGUCAUCCUGGUGACGCUGGGGAUGGCCCUGCUCUUCAUCAUACGCAAGAAACGCAAAGAGAAGAGACUCAAGAGGCUCCGAGGACUCAAGAGGCUCCGAGAUGCGAAGAGCCUGGCUGAAAUGCUGAUUAGCAGUAAGAACAAUCGCAGCUUUGACACCCCAGUGAAGGGCCCCCCCCAGGGCCCGAGGCUGCACAUCGACAUCCCCCGAGUGCAGCUCCUCAUCGAGGACAAGGAGGGCAUUAAGCAGAUCGGACAGUCACGCCCAUGUGAGGACAAGGCCACCAUUCCGGUGACGGACACCGAGUUCAGCCAAUCAGUGAACCCGCAGAGCUUCUGCACGGGCGUGUCGGUGCAUCACCCCGCCCUCAUCCAGAACACUGGGCCCUUGAUUGACAUGUCGGACAUCAGACCAGGCACGAACCCAGUGUCGCGUAAGAGUGUCAAGUCGGCCCACAGCACGCGCAACCGCUACUCCAGCCAGUGGACGCUGACCAAGUGCCAGUCCUCCACGCCCGCACGAACUUUGACCUCCGACUGGCGCACGGUGGGCAGCCAGCACGGCAUCACCGUCACCGAAAGCGACAGCUACAGCGCCAGCCUCUCGCAGGACACGGAUAAGGGUCGCAACAGCAUGGUGUCCACCGAGAGCGCCUCCUCCACCUAUGAGGAGCUGGCGCGCGCCUACGAGCACGCCAAGCUGGAGGAGCACCUGCAGCACGCCAAGUUCGAGAUCACCGAGUGCUUCAUCUCCGACAGCUCCUCCGACCAGAUGACCACGGGCACCAACGACAACGCAGACAGCAUGACCUCCAUGAGCACGCCGAGCGAGCCGGGCAUCUGCCGCUUCACCGCCUCGCCGCCCAAGCCGCAGGACUACGACACGCGCGGCCGGACCAACGUGGCCGUGCCCAUCCCCCACCGCGCCAACAAGAGCGACUACUGCAACCUGCCGCUGUACAUGAAGUCGGACCCCUUCUUCCGCAAGCAGGCGGAGCUCCGGGACCCGUGUCCGGUGGUGCCGCCGCGCGAGGCCUCGAUCCGGAGCCUGGCGGCGCGGGCGUACCACACGCAGGGCCGUCACAUGACUCUGGAGUCCAAGCAGCAGGCGCAGGCACAGCAGCAGCAGCAGCAGGCGCUCACGCUGGCCCACGCCGGGCUCAGCAGCCUCACCAGCUCCGGCACCGGCUCCGCCUCGCUCUCCUCCGGCCCACCCUCGCUCUCGGCCACGGGGAGCAGCGUAGGAGGCGCCACGGCCUCGGGGGUGAGCAGCAGCGCCGGGGGAGGAGGCGCGGCGGGCAGCAGCCUAGGAGGAGGCGGAGGAGGCGCGGGAGCCAGCGCGGCGUCCAUCGGAGGAGGCGGCAGCGGACCCAGCUCCAACUCCUCCACGCUGCCCCAGAGGACUCUCACCAUGCCCAGCUCGGGCCAGCAAGGGGCCGGGUCCGGCUCCGGCGGCGGGGGUGGUGGUGGUGGUGGUUGCGGCGGCGGGGCGUCCGGGGCGAGCGGCGGUGGUGGAGGGGGUGCGGGCGGCGGUUCGGCGUCGGGGGGGCCCGGUACUCCCGGCACGUCGGGCCAGAACCCCUCGUCCAAGGUGGGGGGGUCCAGGGACUCUCUACUGGAGAGCAGCUCCUCGGGCCUGGGCAGACUGCAGAAGCAGAGCGCCGGAGCCUACUCCAAGUCAUACACACUGGUGUAG